AUGAGCGACCUGGACCUUGGUUGGGGCCGCCUGCAUUCUGCAACUCUGGCUACCUGGACGUCCAUAUUGCGGUCCACGGGCUUCCAUGGUUCCUUUGUGACAUGGUGGUUUACAGAAGUGGGCCCGGUUUUCCCUCUGCAGCCUCCAGAAGCAUGUUAUGCACAGUGGAUCUGCGAGACCUUGCGUGACCGAGAAGCCCAAUGGAGAAGCAUGUGUAGGCAACACCGUCAACAGCAUAUUUCGCAGGUGUUCCAACAAGAUUGGAAACAAGGAGCAGCUAAGCACUUCAAAGCUGUUAAACCACCCGGGCUUCCACGCGUGGACUCGCUGGACGUUUUCACCUCUCACCACAUCACAGUCUGCAGAUCGCGCAAAAAAGGUCUACAGCGAUGCCAGCUACAGGAUGAAGACUUGCAUUGUAUUAAGAUUGGAGCGACAUGGAAGCAAGCCAAAGCAGAAGCCAAAGUCGUCGAUGUCAGUAAGGGUGUUAUCAAGCUACGAAAAAUCAAGGGACACAUCGACAAUGGUGAAAUCUGUCAGUACACCCCAACGGCGGUUCCCAAAGCUAUCUUGCACGAAGCUAAAACGUAUUGGAACCAGUUCUGGAACACCAAGCGAGACGAGCAACCUGGUGAUGCGAUGAUACAAGAUGCUAUUUCUGCUCUACCACAACUUUCAGAGAUGAAUCCGGACUUUGACAUGAAUGACCUGGAAUGGGCACUCCGUAAAUUACAAAUUGGAAAGGCCAAAGGGAUGGAUGGUUUUAGCAACUUCGAGCUCAAGAUGGCGCUUUUGAACAAGACUGACCAGAUCGGUGACAUUUCAACUACCAGACCGAUUACGAUAUUGGCCACGGUCUACAGGCCGGUGUUGGAAUGUAUCAACAAGAGGUUGGGAAUGCAAUCGGCGUGGCAACCUUAUCAGAAGUUCUUGAACUCUUUGCAAAGACAUUUCACAUGUGGUGGAUCUUGGGGCCCUGCAAUAACAGCCAAGAUUGGAGUUCCUGAAGGUUGCCCUGUUGCGGUGGUACAGAUGAUGGUUAUGACAUGGAUGUUCACUGCAGUUAUGAAACAGCAAGCUGACGUGGAACUUUUUUCCUAUGUGGAUGACUGGAUGAUGAUGACAAAGCACCCAGAAAAACUGGUAUAUGCAAUCCAGCAACUGGACAAAUUGGCGCGGAAGGCGAAAGUUUUGUUGAACCGGCUACAGUACAUGCCAUGGGACAGGAGGAGAAAGGUGGCGAUUCUUACCCGUGGAAUUUAUCCGUUGAUCUUUUUUGGUGUCCAGUGCUGGCCCACUGGCAAGGAUUUCCUGAGGGAGGUCAGGGCAAAAAGCAACCACACCAUUUGGGGCAAGCAACAGUACCACUUACAUUUCCUGGCUCCUCUGUUUUCCGGUGGCAACUACGAACCUAUGCCGGUGGUGGCGAUGUCCAGAUUUCGGGCGUUUAUGCGAAUGUUCACACAGCAUAUGGAGCAGACCAAACGGGUAUGGAAAACAUCGGUGGAAAAGAAAACUUUCUUCAAGAACCAAACCAAGGGUAUUGUGUGCCUCUUCCAAAACCAACUCCUUGAACUCGACUGGGCUCUACAAGAGGAUGGGAGAUGUACCACAUCGGAUGGAUGGACCUUUGUCGUUUGGGAUAUUACACUGGCACAAUUUGAGAAAAGAGUUACGUCAUCCUGGGAAGACAAACUCCUUCUGCAACUUCAGCCGAAGCAAUAUUUGCCAGACCUGUAUUCAUUCUCGGCGACACGGUCUCAGUAUCCACGGCACAAAGAUGCAAUGCUCGAGGGAUUUAUAAACAAGAUGCGGCUGGGAGGUUUGUUUCCUAACCAGAGGAAAAACAAGGUACAUGUACAAAACGAUGACUGCUGUGCCUACUGUGGUGAGGUGGACACAAUGACCCAUAGAGUUUUUUCUUGCCCGGCGACGGAACACCUCAGGUCUGGGGAUAUUUGGGAGGCGGUGCGAAACAUGCCAACUAGUCAGUUAUUUGGUGCUCUGUACCCAAAGUUGCCCUUGGUGGAUGAGUACAAACAGUUGCUCAAGGAUGUUCAACAUGAUGACAUUUAUGCUCUGGAUGCAACUUCAGAUGAACAUAUCUUUUUUACAGAUGGCUCUGCGGUGGAUAAUGAGCUUGAUGACUUGAGGCUUUGUUCGUGGGCGGACUGCUCCCAGGAGAUCAACAAUCAGUUUUUCGAGCGGAAUUAUAUGCAACUAAUGCAGCACUCCUACUUUCUGAACGAUGUCAUGUUUAUUGUGACAACUCUGCGGUGGUGUCUAUCCUACGUACUCUUCUGGCAAAUGGUUAUACAACCAAGCACUGGAUUAACCACAGGGACCGUGACCUUAUUGCCACAACUGCGAAACUCCUUGCGCGAAGGGAAUAUGGAUCCACUCGUAUCUCUUGGCUGA